GCCCAACAGCCAGUUGCCCCCUCUCGCCCCAUUCACCAUCAACCCCGACGACCAUGUUGUCGACGGGCUUUGCCACCGCAGUAGUUGUUCAGGUAGUGUUGGCGAGCCUGGUGGUGGCGCACAUGACCUUUGAUACGACCUUGGCCUGGUGCGAAUACCAUUGCAACGAGUUUACGCUCGACCACCCCACCAAUUGCUCCACCUGCAGAGAGUCACUACCCCGACGGUUGGAGGACGCAGACACGGCAUCCUUCAACUUGAUUGCGUGCGACACCAACAACCUGCACCUGAACAUGACCGCGCAAGGCGUGGGGCUGCAUCAGUUUUGGACGCAGUUUCAACGAGCAAUGGAGCAUGCCUUGGCCGGCUCGUCCAAACUGCCGUUGCGCAGUGCCUGUGAUCUCUCGCCUCAGGCACCACUGUCGAUGGCAUUCACUGCGGAACAUGCCACGACAUCGAGUCCUGUGCUUGUGUACCUGAAUCGAUCGCCCCACGAACACGAGUGCAUCCGAGCCAUCCACGCCAUGGCGGUGCCAUCCUUGUCGGUGAUGGGUCGAAGUAACGGCGUUGACCAAGGUCACACCAGUCUGCUAGUUCAUGCGACCAGUGAUCAAAGGACGUCCAUGUUGGCGCUGACCUGUGUGGGCCAAGUGCUGGCAGUACCCCCGCUCUUCAAACUCAGCCCCCUCGCACGCUCCGUGCACGCCACGUUUGCGACAACAUCACCGCCAGUGCAUAUUGCACUUCUGGACGGUGCAUCCAUCGGCGCAGUCUUGGAGUCGUUGAAUGCUGGCCUGCAGAAUGCCACGGGCAUGUCUAACCUGGUGCACGAGACUGACGACGGACACUUGGCGGUGCGACGGCUGCGCAACUUCAAGACGUGGGCGACAGUGAUCGCGUUCGCUUGCCGGCAUCCUCACGUGCAUUAUGUCACUCGGGCGGGCGUCGUGGAAACGUUCGACUUGCCAUCUGCACGAUCUGCGUCGCCGUCGACCACCUCCAGUGACAACCAGAUAUCGUCUAUCGUCGGCAUCGACCAAGUCCGAGCGCGCGGCAUUCUGGGCAAUGGCGUCGUCGUGGGGAUUUCGGACUCGGGGUUGUACUUGGACCACGACCAGUUCGACCAGCCCGGUCCACGUGAAUUCGGCGCGAUCAACUCAAACGCUCGAAAGGUAGUGCUGUACGAACCGAUGGCGGACACGAUCGAUCAGUCCAAGACGGUCACGUGUGGCCAUGGGACGCACGUGUCUGGCAUAUUGGCCGGAAGUUCGUGGAGCCAGCAGCACCCGAACGUGGGGGUCGCCCCCAUGGCCAAGAUCGCUUUUGCCGACAUUGGGACGCAAAACGCUUCAUGUGCCAACAACGAACGAGUGGAAUGCCCUGUCGAGUUGCUCACGCCGCCGUCUGCGAUGGAUCUCUUGGGGAAGCAAGUGGCGGCGGGGGCCAAAAUCUUUUCGUUCUCGUGGGGCGUUCAAAAGGACGACUACAGCAAGCAAGCGCAAAACCUGGACGAGUUUGUAUUUGACAAUCCAGAUGUCCUCAUUGUCAUUGCGGCCGGCAAUGGAGGGGACGAUGGGAGCCGUACGAUCAGCUCCCCCGCCGGAGCAAAAAAUGUCAUCACUGUGGGGGCUUCGAUGAGCUCGAUGGAUAGCCUGCUGGACAAAUUCCGGUGCCCUGGUCUUUACAACCCGCACAGCAUCGCGUCGUUUUCGUCGCGAGGCCCGACGAGCGACGGCAGGAUGAAGCCAGAUCUCGUCGCCCCAGGUGAACUCCUCUGGUCUGCAAGGAGCGAGGGACCUGGCUCCACGUUGAAAACAAGCGCACUAUGCCCGCUUCAAGGCACUUCGCAGGCCACCCCCGUCGUGGCUGGACUGGCUGCGUUGACGUACGAAUGGCUGCGAGAUGGAUGGUGGCACAAGGGUGUCUGCGAUGCCGCUGUGGGAAUGAGCCGCAUUCCUGCGUCGUUGAUCAAGGCUCUGCUCAUCCACAGCUCCCAAGGACUCGAGCGACGCCUUGAACACAACAAGGUGAACGAGUCGUGCUCGAGUCGAAAGACGCUGCCACUCCAGUACCCAGACAUGAACCAAGGUUACGGCCUACCAGACAUGUCCAAGGUGGCAAACUUCGGCUCCACGACUGCCAACGUCGCGUUUUGGCCGAAUGCAGUGCACCCGACGACGCCGUCGGUAGCCCACGGAGGCAAAGACUUGUAUCGAGCGACUUUGAGGCCGGACCAAGUCAUUCGCGCAACGCUGGUACGUCACAGCGCUGGGUCCAAACGCUUGUCGUGGACGAUAUUGUAGGUAUGGACGGACCCACCAGGGAAUCUGCUGGCAACACGCAUGCUGCAGAAUGACUUGGAUUUGUUUGUGACCGUCCGCGGGGCUCGCCACGUCAUGGUUCAUCCGGUGGCCCAACGCGGCGUCCGAAAAGACAGUCUGAACAACGUGGAGAUGGUCCAAGUCACAUACGACGACCUCGGUCGACGAAUGGGCUCCGAAGCCCAGACACGAGAAAUGGAAUUGGAGGUGCAUGUUGUCGGCGCGUCUGUCUUGGUUCAAGGCCCCCAACCGUACGCGCUUGUGACUUCAGUCAGCCCAUGGACGACUCAUGGUCCCCGAAGCGUGCCGUCCUCGACGUUGUCCGCGUCUGGCUAUGGGGAAAACCUAUGGGUGUUUGCAGGUAUCGGGUUUGCCCUGGUGAUAGCAAGUCUUGUCCACCAAAUCCGACAGCAAUCGACGAAACGAAGGGUGGUUCGCUUGCACUCGGAUGGAAAGGUGGUGUACGGAUCGACGUAGCAUUCAAUGUGUUAAUUCAUUUGGCUGCCGAGACAAGUUCAUGCCGUUGUUUGUGUUUUGACACCGCCGAGACGAAUGAUCAAGUUGCCCUCCCGCAUGUAUAACAUCCAUCGCCUUGUCAAGCGCCACGCUUGCAAGGGCAAAUCAAACUGGCGACACACGCUGUUCACCCUACCACGUUUCGCAGAGGGACAACACUCGCCAGUGUAGUUGCUCCCGCUUUGAAAGCCGGCCGAAGCUCGACACACACGACGGACGCCGUCGUUCGCGAAAUUGUCGGGACUGCGACAUCUCGAAAGCGAUCUCAAGACGUAAGAAGGGAAGAGAAUGCUCGCCGGAUUGGACUUGCGCGCGAUCGACGACGUCAACAAGGAAACGACAGGGGGAACCAGG